AUACACCUCUGCGCAGGGUUGGCAAUGGACUAUGAUGGGCUCUGAGAAAAAUGUCAAUGGACAUAGUCCAUUGACAUCUUCUAAGCCACAUUUUGGUCCAUUGGCCAACCUAGCCUCUGCGUGA